AUGGGGGUUAGCACCUUUAGAGGCUAUUUUAUUGGAGAAGGUGAUGAGUUUUCACCAAAGUGGAGAUUCAUAAGAGAGGAACUCAUGUUAAUAGCUGAUCUAGAAAAGGUUGAGUACCUCCCUCAAAGAAUAUUAUCCAUACAUAUCGCAUAUGCUUUCCCCACCAAUAACGAGAUAACUCAAGCCCAGGUUUACGCAGAGAAGCGUGGUGGCCAAUGCCUUGGAAAAACUGACCAGAUACAUGGGCACAGUAUCUAUCUCUGGUCUUGUGAGAAUGGUGCGCAUCAAUAG